AUGGCCGGCGAUGGUAUCGGUGUGGCCUCGACCAGUGGAUUGAGGGAUAUGCCCGACAUCGACUACGAGCCGACCGGAACCGGAUCGAUUAUGACACUACGGCCGACUUGGGACGAGUUCAAGGAUUUCUCCGCCUUCGUCGCCAAAGCGGAAGAAGCCGGUGCGCACAUCAAAUCUGGAAUCGUGAAGGUGAUCCCGCCUCCAGAAUUCAACCCUAGGCCCUCAAAGAAAGACGUCAAGGAUAUCGAGAGAUACGUACUGAACGGGGCUGAUCGGGAAAUGAUUGUUGCGGUGGUUCCCGGCGUCUACGAUAAAAGAUUUCCAAGAGUCAUGCAAUCCGUGAAAGUGACCGAGUACAAGAAAAUGGCGUUCGGCAAGAAGUACAGCUGCCCUCUACCGGAGAACGCUCGUUGGCCCGAGAUUGAAGAGUACUAUUGGAGCAACAUCACCGAGGGCGAGGCGAUUUACGGGGCCGACAAUGAAGGAGGAUUUUACGAUCAUGACGUCAACACUUGGAAUAUAUCGCGGCUCGGCACAAUUCUAGAUGAGAGCAAGGUCGAACAAGGGGCGAUGCCCGGCGUGCACACGGCCUACAUGUACUUUGGGAUGUGGAAAACGACUUUUGCAUGGCACGCUGAAGACAUGGACCUCUAUUCGAUCAACUAUCUACAUUUCGGCGCUCCCAAGUUCUGGUACUCCAUCUCCCCAGAGUCCACCGAGCGUUUUGAGCGCCUGAUGCAGGCUCAUUUCCCAGCGGAUUUCGAGCGCUGCCCGACGUUCGCCCGCCACAAGUCUAUCAUCAUUUCGCCGGAGCUUCUCAGAUUGCACAACAUCAAAUAUGGCACUAUGAUCCAGCGCGCCAACGAAUUCAUCCUCACUUUUCCGCAGGGUUACCACAUGGGGUUCAACUCCGGCUACAACUGCGCGGAGAGCACCAACUUUGCCUCGCCUCGCUGGAUCGACUUCGGAAUGAAUAGCACGGUGUGCGAGUGCGACGCACAUCCCGUGACGAUUGACAUGCGCAACUACGCGCUACGAUACCGCCCUGAGCUCUACCCGAAGUGGGAAGAAUAUUGGUACACGGUGGACUCAACGCUGAAGGCGCAAGAAAGUCAAGCCACCCAGGUCCGGCGCCGGUUCGCUGGCAUGUGGGCAACUUGUGUCGCCAACCUGGAGCUGGAGCAGCGCUGGAAUACGAAACGAGCGCGUGAAGGGUCGCACUGCGCCGUGUGCCAAUAUUUUUGCCCGGACGAGGCGGUCGUGAAGAGAAAGGAGGCUGUGCCGCAUAGAUCCCGCCGCUACACGACCUUCCUGUGCUUCUCCAAAAAUCCGGUAAUUUCCCCCACUGCGCCAGAUUUGCAAGAGGACGAGCUUUUGACAUGCGAGCGUUGUCUUGUCACCGUGCAUCGACGCUGUUACCCGGAAGUGCCACAGCAAGGAGCCACCUGGCGCUGCCAACGCUGCCAACAGCCGAGCUCUCUUCUCGUGUCAUGGACCAGUUGUCGUUUGUGCAAAGUUAGAGGAGGAGCUUUUGUGAGGUGCCAAUCGGGAUCAGAUGAAGGAUGGGCCCACGUCAUCUGCGCCAUCCUCUCCCGCUCCGUCUGCUUCGCCGACCCCAACAAGCGGGACCUCGCCAUCCACAAACUACCACCACGUUAUGGGCGGAAAGACACAAACAUCCCGCUUCCCGACGCCUACCAAAAUCAGCUGUCGACCCAGGGACUCGUCUUUAUUUGCGCCCUUUGCAAGAGACGUGACGACGCUGUUCUGCGAUGUGCAAAGUGCGCAACUACGAGCACCAAGGCCUUUUACGCGCACGCCACCUGCGCGCGAGCAGCCAAGCUCCGGUUUGAGAUCCGCGAGUACCCCGACGUGGCCGUGUUUAUUUGUGAUGGAGCGCAUAAUGUGCCAAAAGGCCCUCCGGAAAAGAAAAAGCCCGGACAGCCGAUCCAUCCAACUCAAGCGGCCAUCGAUCUGUUGGCAGUUGAUGACGAUGACUCGGAUCUGUCUGAGGAGGAACGCGAGAGACUCGAACUCUACGUCGGCGAGCGCGUGGCCAUUGUGGCGCCGAAGGGGCGUGAGACGGGCAUCGUUGUCGAGAAGAUGUGCGUGGGAGAGCGCUGCAUCAUCGAGUUCCGUGACAGCGACUCGGUCACCUACGACACUGAGUGCCAAUUUAUCAAGUCAUGCAAUUGCAAGCGCUGCGACAACGUGCACCACACCCCGGGAGCUCGGGUGAAAGUGCUCUGGAAAGACCAGGAACUUUACGAGGGCCGCUUCAGAAAGACGCACCUCGUCUACAAGUACAAGGUGGUCAAGCAGGCCAACCAGGCAGUCCGAAACUACUAUCGAGCACAACUUCGCCGUGCCGCUGCCCUGAGGAAGAGAAAAACGCCAAACCCGUCCGUAUCUCCGAGCCCUGUCAACCACGCGGAUAGACCAUCGACGAGCUCGCACGACUCCGAGACGACUUGCUCAUCGCGACUCGGAUCGGAA